AUGGAGUCAUUUGCGAACCCGUCGUGUCCUCCGCUGUUCUCUGGGAGUGACUGGCCGUUUUGGAAGUCUCGGAUGAAAACAUUUCUUGAAGCUCAAAGGUAUGCGAUAUGGCAAAUUGUUGUGCGAGAUUUUGCAAUACCUGCUCGUGUUGGUCCUAAGAAUAUAGUUGAUGUUGAAAAUAAUUCCAAACCUAUUAACAUUCUCUUGUCGGGUUUGGAUAGGAGAGAGCAUGAGCGUGUUGGACACCUAGACACAGCCCACAAAAUUUGGUCCACUCUCAUCACUUACCACGAGGGCACUAGUGAGAUUAAGACAGCUCGUCAGGACAUUUACAAAGCCGAGUACAACAAAUUUGAGCAGUUACCUGGUGAGUCUCUAGAGGACAUGUUUGGUAGGUUUGAGGUCAUAGUUGGGAAAUUGAGGGGUGUCGGGGUUGUGUACACUGAUCCUGAGAAAGCUAGACACAUCCUAAACUCUCUUGACCCAAUCUAUGAGAUGAGAAAGAUCGCGAUUCAAGAGUCCCAUAAACCCGAUGAGUUCAGUGUAGACAUGUUGUUCUCCAAUCUUAAAACUCACCAAAUAGCCAGUGAAGGUAGAAACCCACCUAGGAACAGGACUCCUGCACUAGUUGGUAGUGAAUGCCAAACUGCACAUGGUCCCUCUAGUGUUUCUGAGUCUGGCAGUGGUCCUUCUUCUGGUUUUUCACUUGCUUGUUUGGUUUCAGUCUCUGAUGAACAACUUGAAUCUUUGCCUGAGGAUGAUCUUGCUCUUUUUGGGCACUACAGGUCUGAUUGUCCAAAUUUCAAAGAUUAUGGUGAAAAUAGUGGUGGCAAGAACAACUAUAGCAAGAAGAAAUCGUUCUCUCGUCAUGAAACCAAGUUCCGGCCAAAGGCUGAGAAGCAUCUUCAAAAGAUGGUUGCUGCAAUCGCUUCGGGUCUACAAUCUGCAGUAGAUUUAAGUGACAUCGACUCUGACCAGAGUGGUGAGGAUGAUCCUCCUUCUCCCAAAGGGAAGGAUACAAAGAAAAAGGCGGCUGAUCGGCUCACCGGCAUGUGUUUUAUGGCUCAUGAGGCUAUUGAGGAGAACGACAACACGGAUGAGGAUGCUACUGCUAGUGUGCCUUCUCAUAAUAUUGAUGAUUGUGCUGGAUGUGAUGUGUUGCGUGCUGAAUUAGAACUUGCUAGGAAUACUCAUGCUAGUAUGUCACAGCUGCUUGAAUCUGCUAGCAAUGAACUUGCUGAUGUUAAGUUGAGCCCUUGCUCCCUUUGUGUUGAAAAUACACCUAUGUAUGUUCCUAAAGUUCCAGACUGUGCCUGCCCAAACUGUGAUAAAUUAAAUGCUAGAAUUAAGAAUCUUGAACAAACACUUUUUGAUGCAGAGAAUCCUCCUUCUUGUUUGAAGUGCAAAUACUUUGAUGAUAGGGUUAAAAAGUUGAAUCAAAUGAUCCUAGAUGUGCGUGCUCCUGGAAAUUGUGUAAAUUGUCCUAAACUCGAAGAAGAAGUUGAGGAACUAGGAGCUCAUCUCAGUGAACUCUAUAAGAAAUAUGAUCUUGUUAAAGCUUCAAAUUCAAAAAAACCUAAUGAUUCUUGUGAUGCUUCUUCUAGUUCUGUUACUACUUGUACUUUCUGUACCAUACUUGAGAAUGAUCUUGUUGCAAUGCAUGAAGCAUUUCGGGUCAGGUUUGGCAAGGGUGUAGCAAAUCCUGUGAGUGUAGAUUGUGUCUCUUGUGAGGGAUUAAAACUUGAGAUUCAGGCCUACAAGGAUAGAUAUGGGAGAGCUGUGAGGGUGUCCUCCUUAAAAGAGUGUCUAUCGUGUGCUUCCUAUGCAAAAGAAGUAGCUUACCUCAAGACGACCCUAGAAAAGCUCUCAAGUGGUGAGAAAAGAUUAAACAUGAUUUUAGAUAAGUCAAAGGUUGGUUGUGAGGGUUUGGCGAACAAGUGGCUUAUUGACUCUGGGUGUUCACGCCACAUGACUGGUGAUACCAAAUGGUUCGCCUCCCUCUGCAAAGCGUCUGGUGAUGAAAAGAUCACUUUUGGGAAUGAUGCACAGGGUUGCAUUGUGGCCAAAGGAACAGUGCGAGUCAAUGAGAACUGUCUUCUCAAAGAUGUAGCCCUUGUAAGUAAGUUGAGUUAUAAUUUGAUUUCAGUUUCACAGCUUCUUGAUGAGGGUUUUGAGGUUCGUUUCAAGAAAUCUGCUUCUCGUGUUCUUGACUCUACUGGUGAUCUUGUCUUUGGUAUUUCCCGUGUUGGUAAAAUCUUUGGUGCUGAUUUUGGAGUGCUUUUGUCCUCUGGUCCAUGA